CUUGAACCUGCUCUCUAUCAUUCCAGGGUUGAUUAAAUUCUACGGAUAAUCCGACAUGCAAGCCAGUAACCGACCAAGAAAGGCCUGUGACCUCUGCUAUACACGAAAGAUUAAAUGUGAUGGACUGCAACCCAAAUGCUCAAAUUGUGUCAAUUACAAGACCAAUUGUACACACACUGCUCGCAGUCGAAAGUGGAAACCUAAAGCUCUGCAAGAUGAUGAGUCCCAAAAGGAGGAUGAGAUCCGGAGCCUGCAAGCGCAGAUGCAGGAGCUACAACAGCAACUGGCUCAGUACAAACAAGCAACAGAGAUUGAACCAGUUGUGUCAGCGCCAUCGCCCCAAGUAGACUUCGAAGAUGACCUCGCUCAGGUUAGAAAGAUACGCCACUCCUUGAAGCUGCCCCCACUGCAACAGACUAUGCACAUGAUGGGCAUCUAUCUCAAUACUAUCAAUUCAGUACUACCACUAUUCCAUCCUGAUACUCUUCUGCGACUCGUUGGAGAAACCUACGCGCUUGAACCGAAACAGCGCGACCCAGUCGCUUGGGCUGCGAUCAAUGUCGUACUUGCCAUGGCACUGCAACAAAUGCCCGAGAACAAUGGCAUUGGCUCUCCGUAUGGUACUACGGAGAGCUAUCUGAGCCAGGCGCAAUCAGUCUUAUGGGCCAUAACGCUAAGCCAGACUCAGCUUCUUAAUAUUCAGACAUUAAUCGGAAUGGCUAUGCUACUGCAAACUGGACACGACACCACACCAGGUUUGGUCAUUAUAUCAGCGGCGAUGCGCCUCAUACAUAAAAUGGGCUUGCAUAACCGUGCCUGUUCUGCACAUCUGGACGCUGUUGAGCGACAACAGCAUGCCCGUGUCUUCUGGCUGGCUUACAUCCUUGACAAGGAUUUGAGUCUUCGCGCCCAACAGCCAUCUAUACAACUUGAUGAGGACAUCGACCUCGAUUUCCCUAUGUCAGUGACGCGGGAUGAUGACAGUAAUUCUAGUGCUGGUGUUGUCACUACCGUUGAUGGCAGUUCGAGAAUGGACUAUUUCCUGGCCCGGGUGCAGCUUGCUAGCAUACAGGGUGAUAUUUACGACCACCUAUACUCAGCAAGAGCGUGGAAAAGGACACCCGAAGAACGUAGGCUGAAGAGAGAGAACAUCGUCCUGUCGCUUAAUAACUGGAAAGCCUCAAUUCCGACAGACUUCGGCGCUGCUGAAGUCAUCACAACUACGAGUAAUAACCCUUCAAUCGCUGCUUUCUUCUGCAUUCUCCAUACAAACAGCCUUCUAUGCCUGAUGCUUAUAACACGAGCACAUGCUUGGGAUGAGCAAUGGGUCGGCGUAUUACGUGAUCAUGGCAGAGGAGUCAGGGCACUACAACUACCAAGUGAUUGGAAUGCAUUGGUAGGACAAGCGCGAGACUUCAUGAUUCUAUUUGAGUAUUCUGUUCCGAGAUACUGCUGGUUGAAAUGGGUCUCGACUUGUACCUACAUCUCUUCAAUGGUACUCCUGACUGCUAACAACCUACAUGAUCUCCAGCACGCGGACUUUGAGCGGGAUAGCAAUCUCAUCGAGAGAGCUCUCACUUGGUUUGGAGAAGUUGCCAAGGAGUUGCCCUCGCGAAAGACGCAAGUGCUAGAGAAUAUCUGUGCUGAAGCAUUCGAAGCUAUGAAGACGAGACGUGCUCAUGAAAUUGACGUGAAAUUUGGGGGUGAUUGGCUCAUUGGGUUCCUCAACAGUCUGGAGCCAUCAUGAUACCGUUGAAAUAAAUAGACUUAAUAAUAGUAUUCUUGUGCCGUCCUAAUAUCUUUC